AUGAAUGCAAACCUUAACGAUCCAGAAUCAUUUGUUAAUGAAAGUGAAGAGCAAAAUAGACUUCGAGGCUACUUUAUCGAUUCCCAAAGAAUGGCCAGAGACAAUGGAAACAAGGCAAAAAGGAUUGGUAUUACUUUUAAGUCGCUUACAGUUGUAGGAAAAGGUGCUGAUGAAUCUAUUAUAAAUGAUAUGUCAAGUCCACUUUUUUCAUUUAUCGAUUUAUUUAAAAAAUCAACUUGGAAAAAAAAAACAUCUCAGUUUGAUAUUCUUCAUGAUAUUACUGGUUUCUGUAAAGAUGGAGAAAUGCUACUUUACUUUGUUCGUGUUCUUUCUAAUCAAACCAAAUCAUAUGUUUCUGUCAAAGGAGAUAUUACCUAUGGUGGAAUCGAAUCAAAGAAUUUUAAAUAUAAAUCUGAAGCCAUUUACACACCAGAAGAAGAUUGCCAUCAUCCUACACUUACAGUUAGAGAAACAUUAGAUUUUGCUCUUAAAUGUAAGACACCAACAAAUAGAUUACCUAAUGAAAAUAAGAGAACUUUUCGUGAGAAGGUUUUUGGCUUAUUAUUGACCAUGUUUGGUAUGGUGCACCAGGCAGAUACAAUUGUUGGUAAUGAGUUUAUUAGAGGUCUAAGUGGAGGUGAAAGAAAACGUCUAACUAUCACUGAAGCAAUGGUUUCGGGUUCUUGUGUAACAUGUUGGGAUUGUUCAACAAGAGGUCUUGAUGCUGCAUCUGCACUUAAUUUGGCAAAAUCUCUUAGAAUUACGACUGAUACACUUCAUAAAACUACAAUAGCUUCUUUUUAUCAAGCAUCCGAUUCAAUUUAUAAAUGUUUUGAUAAAGUGUUGAUUUUAGAAAAAGGUCGUUGUAUAUAUUUUGGUCCAGUUAAUAAAGCUAAACAAUACUUUUUAGACUUAGGUUUUGAUUGUGAACCAAGAAAGUCAACUCCAGAUUUUUUAACUGGUGUUACCAACCCACAAGAACGUAUUGUAAAAAAAGGAUUCGAAGACAUAGUACCAAUUACAUCUGGUGAUUUUGAAGAGGCAUGGAAAAACUCAAAUCUCUAUCAAAUAUCAAUGGACCAAUUAAAAGAUUAUGAAAUUCAAACAGAAAAGAGUCAACCAAUUGCAUUAGUAAAAAGAAACUUUUCGAUGGUUUGGUGUGAUAGAUUUGGAAUCUUUAGUAAAUAUUUCUCGGUAGUUAUUCAAGCGUGCCUUUAUGGAUCUCUUUUUUACGAUAUGAAAAAUGAUAUGGCUGGUGUAUUUACCCGUGGUGGUGCUAUUCUUGGGAGUAUUUUCUUUAAUGCUUUUCUUUCUGUAGGUGAAAUGCAAGCAACAUUCUUCGGCCGUAGAAUUUUGCAAAAACAUUCAUCUUAUAAAAUGUAUCGUCCAUCAGCUCUACAUAUUGCCCAAGUGGUAAAUGACUUACCAUUUAUCUUUGUACAAGUAAUACUAUUCUCGUCAAUUGUUUACUUUAUGUUUGGUCUUACUCCCAAAGCUGGCAAAUUUUUUAUAUUUAUUUUUAUAAAUAUUGGUGGUGCUUUGUGCUGUACUGCAUUAUUCCGUUUAUUUGGUAACCUAUGUCCAUCAAUCUAUGUUGCUCAGAAUAUCCUUAAUGUAUUUAUGAUAUUCCUAUUCACUUUUGCUGGAUACACAAUCCCUAAAGACAAGUUAGAUGAAAUUUCGUGGCUCGGUUGGUUCUUUUGGUGUAAUCCAUUUUCAUAUUCAUUUAAAGCUUUAAUGGAAAAUGAGUUUGUAGGUUUGGAUUUUCAGUGUACUCAAGAGGCCAUUCCAUACGGUGGGUUUUAUCAAAACUAUAGCUCAUAUAGAAUAUGUCCAGUUGCUGGUUCAAACCAAGGUGAAUUAAAGUUUACUGGUAGUUUUUAUUUAACCAAAAACCUAUCAUUUCCGACCAAUCAGUUAGCAUUAAAUACCAUUGUUGUGUAUUUAUUUUGGAUUCUCUUUGUAGUUUUAAAUAUGAUUGCUUUGGAAGUUUUAGAUCACACAUCUGGUGGAUAUACUCAUAAAGUAUAUAAAAAAGGUAAAGCCCCCAAAAUAAAUGAUGUAGAAGAAGAAAGAAAUCAGAUUGAACUUGUUGCUAAAGCUACUGCAAAUAUGAAGAACACACUUGAAAUGCACGGUGGUAUUUUCACAUGGAAGAAUAUUUACUAUACCGUUCCUACUCCAAGUGGAGAAAAGUUACUUUUAGACAAUAUAGAUGGAUGGAUAAAACCUGGUCAAAUGACUGCUUUAAUGGGGGCAAGUGGCGCUGGUAAAACAACACUCUUAGAUGUUUUAGCAAAAAGAAAAACAUUAGGUUUUGCUAUAGGAGAUUGUACACUAAAUGGCAAACCAUUAGAAAUUGAUUUUGAAAGAAUUACAGGUUACGUUGAACAAAUGGAUGUUCAUAAUCCAGGCCUAACAGUUCGAGAAGCAUUAAGAUUUUCAGCAAAACUCCGUCAAGAACCAUAUGUCUCAAUAGAAGAGAAAUUUAAAUACGUUGAGCAUGUCCUUGAGAUGAUGGAAAUGGCACAUUUAGGUGACGCAUUGGUCGGUAAUUUAGAAACCGGUGUUGGUAUUUCCGUAGAAGAAAGAAAACGUUUGACAAUUGGUUUAGAGUUGGUUGCAAAACCAUAUUUACUCUUUCUUGAUGAACCUACAUCUGGUUUAGAUGCCCAAAGCUCCUACAAUAUCAUCAAGUUUAUUCGUAAAUUAGCAGAUGCUGGGAUGCCAUUGGUUUGUACUAUUCACCAACCAUCAAGUGUUUUGUUUGAACAUUUUGACCGUAUUCUACUCUUAGGCAAAGGUGGCAAAACUGUUUACUUUGGAGAUAUUGGUGAACGUUCAAAUGUUCUUUCUUCUUAUUUCGAACAUUAUGGUGUUAGACCAUGCACACAAAAUGAAAAUCCCGCUGAAUAUAUGUUUGAAGCACUUGGUACAGAUGUUAAUUGGCCAGAUGUUUGGGCUCAAUCACCCGAAAAAGCUGCAGUUACAGAGGAACUGAAUCAAUUAAAAGAUACUAUCAACCAAGAAUUUAUUAAACAUGGCGAACCUAGAGAAUUUGCAACACCACUGUGGUAUCAAUUUAAAGAAGUCUACAAAAGAUUAAAUCUCAUUUGGUGGAGAGACCCAUACUACACAUUUGGGAGCAUGGGUCAAGCAAUAAUCUGUGGUCUAGUAAUAGGUUUUACAUUUUACAACCUUAAAGACUCAUCAUCUGACAUGAUCCAACGUGUAUUCUUUAUUUUCGGAACUCUCAUUCUAGGUAUUCUCUUGAUUUUUGCUGUUAUGCCUCAAAUUAUCAUUCAAAAAGCAUACUUUACUCGUGACUUUGCUUCAAAGUACUAUUCAUGGUUACCUUUCACUUUGGGCAUUGUUAUUGUAGAGCUGCCAUAUACAAUUGUUUCUGGUACACUCUUUUAUUUCUGCUGCUUCUGGACCUCUGGUUUAGACUCCAACCCCAGUUCAAACUUUUAUUUCUGGAUCACCUAUAUCCUAUUUAUGAUUUUCUGUGUCACAUUUGGUCAAGCUAUUAGUGCAUUUUGUAUCAAUAAUUUACUCGCUAUGACAGUAUUACCACUGUUAUCUGUCUACCUAUUUUUAUUCUCUGGUGUUAUGGUUCCUCCAUCAAAUAUUCAUGGAUUCGAGAAAUGGAUGUACUAUGUAAACCCAACCAAAUAUCUCCUCGAAGGUAUUUCAACAAAUGUAUUAGAUUCUGUUCAAGUUCAUUGCACAAAUAGAGAUUUAGUUUUAUUCACCUAUCCAACAGCAAACUUUACAUCAUGUAAAGAUUAUACAAGCCAGUUUGAGGCAAUUAUAGAAUCGGGCUAUGUUGACAAUAACGAAAAUGUGGUGAAGAAUUACAAAACUUUAGGUUGGUCCUCAAGUAAUAAAUGGUGGAACUUUUUAAUUUUAUGUGGAUAUGUUUUAUUCAAUAUUAUAAUGACAAUAGGUUUCAUCUAUUUAACAAAAAAAGGAAAAAGAUAA